CCUGGAAGCCCUCUCUGCUCUGCCCUUAUCAGGCCAGCCCCAGCAUGUCCCUGGCGCUUAUCAGCCCUGGCAGAGCCGGUUUCUGAUGCGUUGAGCCUCUAAAGCCCCGUCAUAGGGUGCUACAGGGCCUGGCCCCGUUGCCUCCUGCUUGCACUUAAAGGGGCUGAGAAGCACCUUGUGACAUAUGGAGACAAGGCAGGGCAGUGGUGACAGACCGUGAAGGGAGGCAAUGUUGGACCUCAUCAUCCUCACCCUUCAUUUCUUCAUCUGCUUUCUCAUCACCAUUGCAAUCUGGUAUGGACCAAAGGAUGUGGAUUCACACAGCUCAAGCACAGGAGGAGCUGAAAUGGAGCCAGAUGGUCUUAUAUUCAUUGGCAAAGAAGAGGACAUAAAGAAAUCUCAAAGAAUAACAGCCAAAAUCGAUGGCAGAGAAAUUGUUGUUUUCUACCAUGAGGGGAAAUUUCAUGCUCUGGAUUCUCGCUGCUACCAUGAAGGAGGCCCUUUAUGUCGUGGCGAAAUAGAGGAUAUCGAUGGACAAGCGUGUAUUGUUUGUCCUUGGCAUAAGUUUAAAAUUACCUUGGAAACAGGAGAAGGACUGUACAAAGGAAUAAAUCCUCAGGAGCCAUCACCAACACCAAAGUGGCAGUCAAAAGGAGUCAAACAAAGGAUUCAUAAGGUCACAAUAGACAAUGGAAAUGUUUAUGUGAGUCCUCCAGAUUUGUCUGUGAGCUUUGACUCUGAUUAUUUUGCUGAAAAGUACAAAAUUGGUGGUGAAUUAGCUAUUGGAAAACCAAGCAACUUAGAAGCCAUGGAGUAGGUCAUGACCAGAAAGCAGAAUCCUGGGGAAUGCACAACUGAAGAAUCUUGGUUGGGAAAUAGAAAUGUACUCUGCCAUGAAGAUUGUCUCCAAAUUAAAUUCUAAUAUUGUUAUGUUAAAGCAUUGAAAUACAUAGAAAUGAUAAAAAUAAGAUGCUUUGCAUUGUCAGAAAUCUGACUGAUUUUGUGCUGAGGAUUUUUUUUUUUGCACUUGCAUUUCAAAAAAGACUUAAUUACAGCACAGUGCCUCACAAUAUUUGAUAUUUUGCUAGAACUAUAUUAAUUUUAAGAGGGGAUAUAGUAUACUACGGCUUAUAAAACUUAGUACACAAUUAAAAGUAGAUAGGUGUAAAGGUUAUCUUUAUAUACUUAACAGUUUAUACUUCUAAUACCUGUGGUAAAAAUGACAUGGAAAUUUUUAAUUUUUAAGAUAUUUGCGUGAUCUCUAGCUAUUUAUUAAAUGCCACAAAGGGAAGCACAGAA